AAUUUACGUUUAUUUUUAAAAAUUCCUAAAAUAUUUUAAUAAAAAAAUUUCCGAUCCAAACAAUCGCCUCAGUAGAGUCUCACUCAAAACCCAACCAAUUCAAAACCCCGCGAUUUCCCCCAUGGCCUUUCACGUUGCUUGCCCAAUUACAUGCAAGCGCAUCUGCUUCUGCGCCCUAGGGUUUCCGCGCCAGCUGAGGGGCGAGAAGGCCCGGGACGGUUUCUUGGAUGAGGCGGUUAGGGUGGAGGAGUUCCUCAGGGACGACUGGCUGCUUAGGGUUUGCCGCAGCAGCACCGUGCAGGUCGCCGUCCCUCGUGUCGCGCCGCCUCCGCCGGCGCCGCCCGUAUCCGCCGGCGACUGUGGCGAGGAGGCUCUGCUGUCGGCGCAGACCAAGCGCGCGGCUCUCCAGCGGAAGGCGGCGGCCGCGCUGGUUGCAGCCGAGGACUACGCACGGCGGUUUGAGUCCGGGGAUCUGGCGGAUCCAUCGAGAGAACUUGUCGGAGAAGAGCUGGGUCAGUCUACUGUAAAUGUCAUGUGUCGCUUGUGCUUUAAUGGUGAGAAUGAAGGAAGUGAGAGAGCAAGGAGGAUGCUUUUGUGCAAAAGUUGCGGCAAGAAGUAUCAUAGGAACUGCCUAAAAGCGUGGGCUCAGCAUAGAGAUCUAUUUCAUUGGAGUUCAUGGACAUGCCCUUCUUGCCGAAUUUGUGAGGUAUGCCGUAGAACAGGAGAUCCAAAUAAGUUCAUGUUUUGUAAAAGGUGUGAUGGUGCUUACCACUGUUACUGCCAGCAGCCUCCACACAAGAAUGUUAGUAGCGGACCUUAUUUGUGCCCAAAGCAUACAAGGUGUCACAGUUGUGGUUCAACUGUCUCAGGGAAUGGCCUUAGCACAAGGUGGUUUCUGGGAUACACUUGUUGUGAUGCUUGUGGAAGAUUGUUUGUGAAGGGAAACUACUGCCCUGUUUGCUUGAAGGUAUAUCGGGAUUCUGAAUCAACACCCAUGGUUUGCUGUGAUGUUUGUCAACGCUGGGUGCAUUGCCAGUGUGAUGGUAUCAGUGACGAGAAAUAUCUGCAGUUUCAAGUAGAUGGAAAUCUUCAUUACAAAUGUGCCACAUGCCGCGGAGAGUCCUAUCAGGUUAAAGAUCUUGAGGAUGCUGUGCGAGAACUUUGGAGGAGGAGAGAUAAAGCGGAUCAAAAUCUGAUUGCAAGUUUGAGGGCUGCUGCUGGAUUGCCAACUCAAGAAGAAAUAUUUUCUAUUUCACCUUACUCGGAUGAUGAAGAAAAUGGCCCCAUCACGUUAAAGAAUGAAUAUGGGCGUUCCUUGAAGUUUUCCCUUAAAGGACUAGUUGAUAAAUCUCCAAAGAAGUGCAAGGAAUCUGGAAAGAAAUCUUCAAAUAAAAAGUUUGUCAAGAAGAAAGGAUCUCAGACACCUUUAGUUAGUCAAACUGAAUCACAUCAGAGUUUUGGAGGACAGAAUGAUGCUCGUUCAUCUGGACACAGCUUGGGCGAUGACAAGAAUGAUGAAUUUCUGUCCCAUAGAAGUGAAGGAGCAAAUGUACUUUCUUCCCCUGUUGCUGUGAGUGGGAGCCAAACUGACGGAAUUUCUAUGAAUCAAUUAGGAGUCUCGAAACACAAGUUUGUUGAUGAGAUUGUGGGAAGUAACGAAGAUAGGAAACCUCGGGUGGUCAAAAUCAAGAACAAUAAACCUCAGGUUUUGGAUAUUGCAGAAGAUACUGGAAAGCGUGCUGGCAACUCCAAGACUAUGAAAGGAACAAAGUUGGUCAUACAUCUAGGUGCGCGAAAUAGAAAUGUGGCUAAUUCACCAAGGUCUGAUGGGUCAAGCUGUCAAAGGGAUCAAGAUUUGACGGCAUCUAAUGGCAGUGAAGAUAUCAGUCAGCUGAGAACAAGUGACAAUAUCAUGACUGACAGGAAUGACGGCCUCGCUAAAUUUGGUUAUGAAACACCAUUUGUAGAAGAUAAAGUUGAUUGCUCUGGCCAACUAAUAGGUUCAAACUAUGGUGGGAGAGAAGGCAAUUUGAUAAAGCUCGGAAAAUUUAGAUCAGAAGCUUCUGACUUGGACCCCAAAUUUGGUAGGGGGAAUAAUGCUGAUGGACAUGAUUCUAAUCCUCCAGAUAACAUACCUGUGGUAGGGACUAUGACCGAUGUCUCUGCUUUAAGAGGUGGCAAGGUAUCUUUGAGGAAGCAUCCAGAAGGCAGGCUGGAUACUUCAAGUGAGGGAAAUGUUGAUACUUGUAAUCAACCUUCUGUUUCACAAUCUAUGCCAAAAGAUUCCAAACCUUUGCUAAAGCUUAAAUUCAAGAAUCUAUCUUUUGACAAUCAGAGUUCGUGGGGUUCCCAUCGGGAGGAAGAAAAGAGUUCUAUCAAGGGCCAAAGGUCUAAGAGAAAGAGACCAUCACCUUACAUGGAGAAAUCAUCAAUUAGGGGAGAUGAAGAUGUGCAGGAGAAUUCAAUGAAUGAGAUCAUGGAUGCUAAUUGGGUAUUGAAGAAGUUGGGUAAAGAUGCAAUUGGAAAGAGAGUUGAAGUUCAUCAGCUGUCAGACAAUUCCUGGCAUAAGGGAGUGGUUAUUGAUGUCAAAGAAGGCACAUCUGGCGCAUCAACAUUAUCUGUCCACCUAGAUGAUGGAAGAGUUAAGACAUUGGAGCUUGGGAGGCAAGGAAUUCGUUUUAUUUCUCAGAAGCAAAAGCGGCAAAAAGUGUGAAGUCUGAAGUAGUUAUUCUCUAAGGCAGUUAAUCUCAGUUGGCACUUCUCUCCAUAGGUGAGGGGGUAGUGUCUGCUCUAGAGGCACCCGAAACUCCAAGAUCACUUUUCUUUGCCGGAAUCAUUGUGGAUUUCUCCUCCUGUGUUUGCGAGGACCUAUGCUGCUCAACUAGGGUCUAUUGCAGAGGCAGGAUUCCUCCCCUUUUGCUAUUUCUUUCAUCAUUAUUACAUCUCUGUACUGUUUCUCAACAUGUAUGAUAGCAUAAAUUCGCUCUCCCCUGCUGCUGCUGCUUUAUUUUUGGAAGUCUGCGAUUUUAGGAGCAGGUCCAAGUUUCGGCAGUUCAUAAUUUCUAUGUGCUCCGAUGGUCAUUGUAUGUGUAAUCCUUCCAUGUACCAACUUUUUGUUCGAGGAAGAGAAUUUAUUGCAGCUACCAUUUCUGCUAUUUA